AUGGUGCACAACAACCCAUACAGCAACCCAGAGUUCAGAACAGCCUUCGAGAGCACACCAAACAGCUGCUCUGACAAGGCAUUGGCCUUGUACAUGAUGUGGAAGGGAUUCCAUGAGAAUUUAGGCAAGAGCACUCCAGUGGGUGUGCAGACCACUGACUGGGCAUUGGUGGAUACCAUGCCAUUGCCAUCUAACAGGGACAGAAAUACCUUUCGAGGCAAGUGGGGGUUCAAUGAGGUGAGGCAGUGCUGGGAGGGGAACCCAGCAGAAUCAGCUGAUGUUCAAGACGACGUCCUGACUUCGAUCAAGCACAAGGCAAGUGUGGAAGCAGGUGAUCGCAAGCACUCACUGCCCAUCACAUGGGAUCACUUGGAUUGGAUGUUGCAGUGGGCAUGCACAGUGUGCCCUGACCUUGAUUUUGCCUUGAGUGUGCAGACACUGGUGACAUGCCACCUUGAGCAACUUGCAUUUGCAUCCACAGCAUGGACACUAUGGACAAGGUGCUAUGAGCUGAUCCAACUCAAGCAGAGGCACAUCACAAUUGACUGCACAAUGGUGGACCACACACUGGAAAAGUACCUUGGAAAUGAGCCACUGAUGCUGUCCAACAGGUCUGGGUGGCAGCACAAGGUUGACAAGAGGAUGACUGAGGCUGAUCUGCACAGCAACCAGUAUAAAAUCUUCCCCCAGCCUGAGCUCCCAGGAGCCGACUGCUUCCUGUGGCUGCCACUCUGGGUACACUGGCUUGAACGUGUCCACUACCAACAACCACUUGACCCUGAUGACAAUGUCUUCCCUGUGAUGGGGGCUAAUGGUGUUGUACAGCCCCAUGAGCCAAUCUCGCAUGAUGCCAUGCAACAGUGGAUCAACAAAGCAAUGACUGGCAUGGGAAUUCAAGGCUCCUUCUUGACCCAUUGCUUUCGACGGGGUGGAGCACAGUACAGGUUUAUGCUGGCCCCUGUUGGCAAGUGCUGGUCCCUCAAAAAGGUCCACUGGUGGGGGGGCUGGGCUGAGGGGGAGCAUCAUAACACCCUCAUCCAAUACCUCCUAGAUGAGCUUUACUGUUACAAGACAGACUACAGUGAUGCACUUGCUCUGAUUGUACAGGAUGUGCAGGAUUCUCUGGUAGGCGAAUCUACCCUCAUGCAACCUGUCACUGCAGAGGAGGUUCGCACAGCCCAUGCAUCCAUCACCUCCAAUGUUCAUGGCCUGUGGACCAGGAUGGGGCAGGUCAGCAAGUCCAUUCAUGAGCUUGCCACCAUCAUUUGCCAAGGUAUGGCUGGUGCUCUGUGGCAGCCUUGCACUGGAUCUACAACUCAUGGUAGCUAUGCUAGUGUACCCCAUUCUGUCACACCACCCUCACAGUCACAGCUGCUGCAUGGGCAUCCCAGCUCAAUCACACCCACACCUAUCCCCCAGCUGGCACAGGCAUCUGCCCUGGUCCUGCCAGUGGGCCCAAUGGCCUGA